GUCUGUCACUGAAAACACGCCCACAAUAAUCUGACGUCACUAAAGAUACGCCCACCACGAGUGAUCUGCUGUCAACAUUAUUUCACUUUGCUCGUUAGUUUUUUAAUGACAAACAAACUGAAAGCGACCGUUGCGCUCUAUGAAAAACGCAACUCUAUGCAACUGGACCAACAGUAAAUGUGAUCUUCCAAGAAUAGCUUCUCUUUAGGAGCUCAACGUUAGCUGCAGUAAUAAGAUUAAUCCUUUAGAGGAGAAAUCUAGGCCCAUGUGUAUUAGAAAAGCCAACUGAACAUCGUCACCUUUUUCAAAACAUCUAUAAUGGAUGAACAGAGUUGUUCCUCCCUGACUGACAUUAGUUUGGAGUGGGUGUGUCACAACGUGGAAGUGCUUUGUGUUGCACAAGAGGAUGGAUCACUACAGUUCCGCCACUGUCCUUUAUUUCCUCAAGAGUUGGCUGAUCAGCUGCUGCACAGGAUGGCUGAUGAGGGGGUCCUUAAUGACAGAACCAUAGGCAUUUUCAAGAAUCUGGAGCACCUGCGUUUACAGCGAGCGUACAUCCAGUCCUCACACCUCUCAGCUGAGGCCUUCAGACUGGCUCUCUGCCCUCACAAGCUUCAAGAACUGAAUGCUUCACAUAUACAUAGUGACAUCACAAUCUCGGAUGUUCUCCACAGUAUUACCUCCAGCAAAGUCUGCAGACAAGGCCUCCAGACACUGCUGAUGAAUGGCUUACAUCUUUAUGGGGAAGCAGGUGAGGAGUCACUGCAGGCCUGCUUCAGCAUGCUCCGGAGCUUAAAGAAGCUUUCUCUGGCCUGGACAGACCUGGAUGACAAAAGUCUGGAGGAUAUCUGCACAAUGCCCAUGCUGGAGAGCUUGGACAUCUCUGGUACUAACAUCACAGACCUAACACCUCUGUUGAGUUGUGACUCACGUCUCAGGUCCCUGACUGCGCAUGGGCUUCAGAAGCUGGAUAUGCCAUCCUCUAGCCUAAUCUUAGUACUCUCCAAGCUGCAGUUGCUGAGGCACCUGGACAUCUCUAAUGACAAGCUGGUAAUGGAUGGAGACAACCUGGUGCAGCAACUGCUAGAGCGCCCAGGGAUCCUUCCACAUCUCGUGUCCCUGGAUGUGUCGGGCUGGAGAGGUGUAAGCGAUGCUACCAUCCAAGCCUUUGUAGAGGUGCGGCCAGAUAUGAGGUUUAUUGGGCUGCUGGCCACAGGUGCAGGUGGCUCUGAGCUUCUGUGUGGAGAUGGAAAUCUAAAGGUGGCUGGAGAGUCCAAUUUGACCCAACUGUGUGAAGCCUUGAGGAGAUACAGCGACCGAGAGAGUUUUAUACGAGAGGUUCUUACACAUCUCUACAGUCACACCAGUGACAUGGAAGGACCUCAGCCAAACAUAUUAAAGCUGGUACUGGCUGGAAUGCAACACCACACAAAUUCUCUCCAUGUUCAGCUUGUGGCCACUGCAUGUGUGUUUAACCUGACCGUACAGGAGCUGGUGCUGGAAUUGCCCUUACACCUGGUGGGAACUGUAGUUCAACAGCUUCUUACAGCCAUGAAGAAUUUCCCAAACCACGAGCAGUUGCAAAAGAAUUGCCUGCUUACCCUUUGCAGUGACCAUAUCUUACAGGUUGUCCCAUUUGACAGAUACGAAGCUGCUAAGCUGAUAAUGAUGUUGCUGGGGAAUCAAGAAGAUCAGACAGUGCAGAGAAUGGCGGUGGCUGUAGUCUCCAUACUGGUGUCUAAGUUGAGCACAGAGGAGAUCUCAGAACUGGGUGCAGAGGCAUUUAUAAUGAAGCAAUUGCUGAGUAUCGUCCAACAGAAGGCCUCACUGGGUGUAGUAGACUCGACUCUGAAGUUUGCAUUAAGUGCUUUGUGGAACUUGACAGAUGAGACACCCACUGCUUGUCGCCAUUUCAUUCAGUGCCAAGGACUCGAACUCUACAUGGAACUGCUGGAGUCUUAUUAUUCUGAGUUCUCCAUCCAGCAGAAGCUCCUGGGCCUUUUGAAUAAUGUAGCAGAGGUGGAGGAUCUGCGGAUGGAGUUGAUGAAUGAGGACCUGGUAGAAUACAUUCUCACACUCUUAAUCAACCCAGUGGUGGAGGUGGAUGUCAGUUACUUCGCUGGAGGGAUCCUGGCACAUCUCAUCUCAGUCAGGGGGCCUGCGUGGGAUCUGGAUGCAGAGCUGCACUGCACAGUGCAGGAGAAACUGCACUCCUCUGUCCUGUCAUGGAGUUCUCCUGAGCAUGCAAUGGUUUCUUACCGGACGUUCCAGCCCUUCUAUCCUUUGCUACAUGUCUCUCAGUGUUCUGGUGUUCAGCUGUGGGCUCUCUGGGCCAUACGGUUUGUCUGCUCUCAGAACGCCCCUCAGUACUGCAGUAUGCUCCAGACUGAAGGAGGAACAGAUAUACUGAGAGUUCUGAGCACCCAUCCAGACACCCACAGUGACGUGAAGUGUCUGGUAGAAAAUAUCCUUAAGAUCCUGGAGCGCCAGGAUCUCCAUCCCGUCAGCCCAGGUUCAACCAGUGCUAACAUCACUCUGCAUUGAACAAUUUUUGUUAAUGUUGUCAUUACUUGUGAUAAUGAAUCAUUUUUAAGGAAUAACUCUUUAAAUGUCUGUAUUUUCAGAAUUUAAAACACUCAUGUUUCUCUUGUUUUGGUCUGUCCACUUGUUCUAGUGGAAAAACAAUGGACUUGACAUGGGAUUUAAAAAGGGAUGUGCCACUAUGUAUCCUGUUAAGAAGACAUUUCAGAUCUCUAAUACAAAUAAGAUUCAACAGAAGAGCACAAACACUUGUCUGGUGGUUCAUCAAGAUUAAAUAUAUAAUAUAUUAUUUCUAACUAAACUAAGAGAGAACAGAGUGUUCUUUAGUUUAUUAAAGUGUGUAAUUUAUGAACUUGUGGGUUUAUUUUCAAAUAGGUUUCACAAACACCCCUGCUGUUGAUCAGAUAAACACAUAGUCCUGUCCCAAACUCACACCAUUGGUGGAGCCAAUCUUGCUGUGUAGGGUUGGCCAGGAUGCUCAAACAAACAGAGCAUUUGAAAAUCACCACAUGUAGUUGAUACAUAAGUUGUACUGUAGGUAUAAACUUCUUCAAUUCCUAAAAAAUCAUGUUUCUGGAUGAAAAACUACACUACCCAUAAUCUUGAAUAGAGAUCCCAUAUGCCUCACAGGUGCCUCAUUAGCGACUGUUUCUAGCCGACAUAAGUAGGCCGUCCACCAUAUUGGAAUGGUCAAAGCUGGUUAGUGAGCACUUCAGAGAAAGUUGACUGUGCCUGCAACCAUAUUUACAUGUAUGAAUAUCUAUAUCUGCAGUAGUCUUCAGCAAAUAUUAGGAUUUAGUUUAUCAUUAACAUUAGAUAAUUCUCCAUAUGCUAAAAAAAUAUUGGUUAAAGCUCUUAUAAAUAUAACGGAUCAUCAGAGAACCCUACGGCCAAAUUGUGUGAACUGAUUAUAAACAUUCUCUUCUGAGAAAAGUUAUAUUUUCUCGGGAAUGUUAAUCUUGGGGUUUUUUACAACCAGAGGCAGUGCAAUGUUGUGGCAUGUUGGAUAACUCAGUGAUUUUUACUCCGUGAUUACAGCAUCUGAAAUGUUGAGUGUGCACAUGUUGACAUGUCUGGAGCUAUUGAAUGAGGUGGAAUCAUGACAAGAGAACUCUACAGUGACCACUUAUUCCCAUGAAGCAUUGCAAAUGACAGUUACGUUUUGAAUAAGAACUUAAAGGAUUAGUUCACUUUCAAAUGAAAAUUACCCCAAGCUUUACUCAUCCUCAAGCCAUCCUAGGUGUAUAUGACUUUUCUUUUUCCUGAGUCCUGACGCAUCCUAGCUUUAUAAUGGUAUUGGGCGAUGAUCAACAAGUAUGAGCUGAAGAAAGUGUCUCCAUCCACAUCCAUCCAUCCAUCAUAAACAUACUCCACACGGCUCGGAGGGGGGGUCAGUUCCGUUUUCUUUUCUUUUUUUUGAUGUUGAUCAUCAAUUUUCUCUGUCAGCUCAGGCUUUGAACCUGAGUUCAUGGAGCGCAUGCACAUGAAAGUGACGAAAAGAUAUUUAUUCAAUGUUAUCCACAUUAUAUUUAAUCUGUAACAUCAUUGUGAACUUCUAUAAAGAUAUGCUUGCUCAUUAACUUUUAAAUGCAAAUUGACUUAUAUGCACAUUAACUUUUCUCAUGCAAAAACAUGAGAAGAGUACUCUGCAUGAAAGACUCAUGACUUUCUCUCUGAUACAGUAGGAAAUUACAUUAAAUUGAAUGUGGAGGAUUCCACAUCAGCUGAGAAGGGGUCUGCAAACAGCUGGAAAGUGUUACGGUGUACCUUGAAGUUAGCAAAGUGCUGAUCAAAUUCCUGCAACAGGGAUAUUUAUCAUCACCACUGUAUGUUGUGCCCUGCUCCACACAAGAGCUACAUGCUGUGAAAUGAGUGAGUUGUUUUUGUUUUUUUUUUUGCAGAAAGCUGAGUUUUCCACAGUCUGUUUUGUGGAGAAGGCGUUCACAUAGUGACACACUGUGAUGAGCUGACCAGGGCACUAGAUCUUCAGGUUAAGGAUGUUAGCUCCUGUGUUAUAUCCACAAAGAAUGCAAGGUCCAUGACCCAUUUAAGAUAAUCAAAUUCAGGAACAUCCAUUCUGCCAUCUUGCAUGAAUCUCUUCACCUCUGCUCUUAACUCAAAAAAUCUCUUCAGGACAUUUCCCCUGCUGAGUCAGCGCACCUCAGUAAAGUACAGUACAGCACCAUAUGUUCUUCGCAGGCUUCGUUUGGCCAACCACAUUAUUUUCUUGAUCAGGUUAACCUUAAAUUUGAACUGAAACCAUAAAAAUUAAACCAUAAUAUACCCAACAUAGUUGACAGUCAGUUAAUAUACAGCUUGACAGUAGGUUAUCAUAGAUAAAAUAUUAGGACUUCAAAAUGUCCACUACAGAAGAAAAUCACAUAAUCUUUUUUUUUUUUAUUUGCAGGGGUUUGUUUGGUUAGUAACAUACUUGACAGAACUUUUGAAGACAUAAGAAAAUAAAAUUUAAAAUCAACUUUAUAAAGCUUAUUUUUCUAAAAUAAUUAGAUAUUAGAAAUAAAUUUAAAGCUUCAGUAUGGAACUUUUGCCUCUCUGUCGCCAUCUCUGUUUGAAACAUAAAACUAUUUUUUUUUUCUUUUCAUUGGCCCGUUGCAUGAAGCUAGUUGAACAAACUCUGUGUUUCAGAGUAGGUUUGGAGUUGACAAAUCCAGAUAAAUCCAACCUGGUUUAGAUCAGGAUGAACUGUUGCACAACUCUCGGUAUAAACUUUCUCUGUCAACUCAGGUUUAAUCCAGAGUUUGCAAAGCGCGUGCACCUGAAAGUGUGACAGGUGUGGCAAACAGCCAAUCAUACGGAACAAUGAGAACAUCAGUUUAAAUCACUUCUCACAAGAGAGCUGCGCAAUUCAUGUCUCUUCCUAAGAUUAAGAGAUCGUUAUGAAAAAUAUGAAAUUAAACCCAUUUACAAAGCAGGAAUGAACACUGAUGCAGUGAAAGUUUGAAAAGGCAGCAGAAAGAAAAUAUCUGACUAUAUCAAUGCAUGUGAAUCAAACAAAUAGACCAAAUAAUUAAUAUAGUUUCACAAAGAGCUCAAAAGAAUACAUGUAAGCUCAAUCUGUUUAAAAGCUUUAUAUAUUAUGCAUGUAUUAUAUUUAUUUUAAUUUAAAAGCAAAGUUUAAUAUUGUCAAUUAAUAUAAUAGGCCUAAUUAUAUGAAUAUGUCAUGAAUUAUUCAUAUUUUAAUUUAUUUAAUAUAAAUAUAAUGAAUAUUUAACAGCAAAUGUUGAGCAAUUUUGUCUCUAAAAUGUUUUCACUAUAAACUGAUUUAAUUUGGCGCGAGAGAUACAGGGGGAGUGGCUUUAUUGCAUCAGAUACAUGUCACUUUACUCACAGCUGAUUGGUCGAGUUUGGGUUUGUGAUCUCUAACUCAGAAUAAAACCCGCUCUGGAGCAGGUUAGCCGUGCCGUAUAGCAUAAAUUACCAUAGCAAUGAACCCCACUAAAAACCAAUCCACCUUCAUAAGCCCGAAAAACCAGAGUUUGCUCAAACUAAUCUUGAACUUACCUGGGUAGCAGCUGAAACCGGCUUUGUGCAACAGGCCACAUGUCUGGACCUUUAUAUAAUAAUAAUAAUAAUAAUAAUAAUAAUAAUAAUACAUUUUAUUUAUAGUGUGCUUUUUUCAAACCCAAAGCGCUAUAACACAGAGUAAUAAUAAUAAAAAACAGUAAUACAAAAAAAAAAUAAUAAAAAAAAAAAAGGAAUACAAAUACAAGCAACAUAAAACAAAAUAAAAAACACUCAAAAAACAAACAGAUAUUGGUUUAUACUGUGUUCUAAAUUAUUAAGCAAAUGACAGGAUUUCAGUAAACUACUGUAAACAUUCAGAUUUUACUUUUUCAAAGAAAUUGUUUGUUUGAUUUCUCAUAUCUUUUUAGAUAACUGGUAUCUCAGACAAAAUAGUUUGCCAGGUCUUUAUAGGUAAAUUGAAAACUACAUUAAGCAAGUCAUUUUUCUCAUGCAAUAUAGGGAGGAAGAAAGAUCUUUGGUAACACUUUACAAUAAGGUCUCAUUUGUUAACAUUAGUUAAUGUAUUAACGACCAUAAUGAACAAUGAGCAGUACAUUUGUUACAGUAUUUAAUUAAUCUUACUAAUGUUAGUUUACAGUGCAUUAACUAAUGUUAACAAAUACAACUUUUAAUUUUAAUAAUGUAUUAUUACAGUUUUUCCUCAAUCGAUUUGACACAUUUCUUCAAAGUAAUGUAACUGCUCUGAAACAGUCAAACACAGUGAUCUAAACACACUCUUACCUUAGCCAAACAGUUAAACUUUACUGCACAAUAAAGCACUGCAUUUUUUUCUAGUAAUGCAUUUAUUAAAAGUAAAUACUAACAUCAAAACUACAAAUGUAUUCUCUAAUGAUUUUAGAACACUUUCAGCUGUAGUUGUACAAAUACACUAACGAAAAUACACAUUGAAAUGUUUUUCCAACAGGUUUUGUUAUAUGGGUCAUUGAGCAAAUAAAGCUUCAAAAAAGUUUUUUUUUUUUUUUUUUUUUUUUUUUUUUAAAUCUUCUGAAAACCGAUGUAAUUCAUAUUUUUGAGUCAUGAACAAUGUGUUUAAACAAGUUUCAGUUGUUACAUAACAUUUCAAAGUGUUUAAAUCCAUUGAAAAAAAAAUACAAAAUUGUCAGGUGGUACAACCAAAUAUUUGUAAAUAUAUAUCUACCCAUACUUGAAAUUAGCUGGUUUUUAUCAGUAUUUGAGAGAGAUCUACAAACCUUUUCACUCUUCCACAAUGAUCUGUUGGGGUCGUCUGGAUGUUGCAUUACAGAAUCAGGUCAGAAUCAAUGUUAUUACCUUGUCAGUUGAUAAUAAAAUAAUUGCAGUUGUGCCACCCUGACAUUUGAGAAUAUACAAAUUGCCGGGCAAAAGUUUUUUUUAAUUAUCUCAACAGCUUUAAAACUACAGAUAUUUAUAAAAUUGUUUAUAUGUAUAUUCAAAUAUCACAUUAUGCCAAAGUAUUUUAACUUUAAUUUCUUAUAAAUAAAAUAAAAAUAAAUAAAAAUGUCUUAAAUAUAUAUAUAUAUAUAUAUAUAUAUAUAUAUAUACUUUAGAUAAUUAUAGCGUACCUAUAAAGUAAGUACGUGUAAGUAUAGGGGAACAAUAUGUAAAGUCUUGGGAAUAAAGGGGUAACAACCAGGAAAAUAACAAAUUAUUUAUACUGUAAGUAUUUUAGAACUAAGGGGUACUUACUAUUAUGAUAGACAGCAAUCUUACGUUUGGGAGCAAUUUAGCAAGAAAGUGCACUGACUAAUUUAUUUCAGGGCAAGUAGAAAGAACUAUUGCAAUCUUUUUUAAUACAUGGGGAAAUAUACUUUUGUUUCAUGUAGUUACAGGGUAAGUAUGACAUUGCGGGCUGUAAAUUAAAGUGGUGCUUGUUACACUCUUGUUUCAUGUAGUUAAAGGAUAAGUAAUAAAAAAUACACAAACAAUCUGAUAUCACUGACUCUGAAACCUUUAUUUGAAAAACAACUUAAUUAAAAACAGGUCUACAACACUUAUUAUUUAUUCAUUUUUUAAAAUCAACUUUUCAUUUCAAAUUCUAAAGUCCUGACAGAAAGUAACACGUUUUGUCCCUUGUUGUUGUUGUUGUUGUUUCUCUUGCUUGGCUUCCUCCUCCUCUUGUUUCUCAACUGAUUUCUUCAUGUGAAACUCACGCUGCCGUCUCUGUUAUUCUGUCUUGUUUGUUUCUCAUUAUUAUCUGUUAUUUUGUUUAUUGUGAGCAUUAAUAAAAAAAUAAUAAAAAAAACUGAUGGCAUCCGUCAUUGCGUGACUUUUCGCAUGAGUUUCUCGGCACGCUUACGUCAUGCUUCAAGUUACGUCAAGCAUGAACUCUUAACCCUCUCAUGCACGCGCAGGUGACAGUUGGUUGAAAGUUUAAAAUUUUAAAAUAAUUGGUAUUUUUCUUACAAAUAUGUAUCGUUUCACUUCAGAAGACAUUGAUUCAUCCAUUAGUGUCGUAUGGAUUACUGAAGUUAUUGCUGUAUGUGCUGUUUGAUGCUUCGACUUUUAGGAACACAUGAGCUUGCAUUAUAAAGCAUUCCCAGAGAUUAUUUUUCUAAAAACCUUUGUUUGUGUUCAUCUUAAGAAGGAAAGUCAUAUACAUCUCAGAUGGCAUGAGGGUAAAAGAUGAGUAAACGGUGAGCACAUUUCCGGGUGUACUGUAUUUUCUCUUUUAAUACAGAAUAGCAAAUGACAUGGGAUUCCCUCUUAAGAUUCAUCAGUGGAAAGAAAGAAAAAGAAGAGGAGGAGGAAACCAAGCAAGAGAAACGAAUAAGAAGUGUUGUAACUUUAAAUCUGUUUUGAAACAAGAUGUUUUUCAAAUAAAGGUUUCCAAGUGAUA